CGUCCUCUCUCGAGACGAGAAGGGAAGGGAGACCUGCCUUGCCUUGCAUUGGCUCUCUCUCUCUCUCUCUCUCUCUCUCUCUCUCUUUCUCUCUCUGUCAUCGUUGUCUCGCUCUUUCGUCUCCUGUCUCCAUCUGCAGAGCCCACGAGUUUGUCACCUUCUCCUUCGAUCAAAAUUCCGUCUCUCCUCCCAUGCAAUCUAUCGAAUCGGAUUUUAUUUAUUGCCUGUGACUGGAGGAGAUUUCUCUCUCAUUUUCCUGUAAGAUUGGAGCGAACACAGCCUUCUUCAGCAUCUUCUUGCCGUGUCUGAUCAGGAAGCAAUGGGAGUUUGCAGAAGGUGAACAUGUCGAAGACAUUCUGUUCGAGGUUCUCAUUUUCAACGCACAGAGGGGGAGGGAGGGAGGGAGGAUUUCUCCGGAUUGUAUUGAGUUUCUUUUCUCGACAUGAUAGUGAUACACUGAGGAUUUGAAAUUCAUUUCUCCAUCAUAUCUGGUCCUGUUAGAUUCCCCUUUACCGAGGUGAGGUGAGGUGAGGUGAUAUUCAACAGGAGCGGGGGAGAAACACAACGGAGACAAAGAGAGACAGGACAGGACAGGACAGGACUCUCUUGCCAUCCCAUCCUAUAGUAUUCGAGGGCAAAAGAUGAAUUUCUUGGCCAUCCUAUUGACGCUUUCUUUUGAAUGGACUAGCGUAAGGAUUUCAAUGGAUUAUUUCAUGAGGUCCCGCCAGGGAUUCUCCUCAACCUGGUGAUAUUCAACAAACAGAGAAAUAGGCAGAGAUGGACGAGGACAUGGAUGAAUUUUAUUGCGUGGAAGUUAUUUCAGUUGAAGAAUAUGAUCCGGAUUACGAAUUUGAAGCGCCUCGCUAUUUUGAUUUUAGCCGCCCGGAAACGGACUGGGAGGUUGAAGAGGCACAACGCUGGUUCGAGUCCGCCGGAACUUGUCCGCCUUCACCUUUUAUAGCUAAAAUGAAUUGGGGUAAAGGUUUAUAUUUUGGAGCUGCAAACAUCAUGGAGGAGGAGGAUCACAAGCACAUGAACUCCAUCAGUACUGACAUGGAUUGUAGUAUGGGACCUGAGACAUCUUCAUCUGUUCAAUAUAAUGGAGUUGAAGAAACCUGGACAGUCCCAAAAAAGUCUCCAGUUAAGCCAUCUCCGGCGAGAAGUUCAACCCUGAUGAAGCCAACAGCAAGUCAUUUGGCAAAGCAACGUCAAUGUCAAGAAGUUCACUUCCACAGAUUGUUAAGUUGUAGGUCUCAAAAGUUCCAACUCAGAGAUCAGGAGACGACUUCACAGCAUUCAUCCAUUAUCGAGAACUAUGCUACUAAACGACAGAAGCUAGAAGCUGGUUAUUUGCAAAAGGCUGCGAAUUUGAAGCACCGAGCUGUGCUACAUCACAAAUUAUCUGAGACGGUUAGUAAAAAUGUUGACUCGCUGCUUACUAGACUUAGAGUUACUGUUCCAAGGGAACCUCACCUAGAAACAGCACAGAGGGCUCUAAGGCAUAGAUCCAAGCACGUUGCUGAGUCAGCUGAAUGUAUCAAAUCAAACUUGCCCAGUAUGAGGGCACAAAACGUGGACCGUAAAAUACAGGAAUGCCUCCCUAAGAAAGUCACUACACCAUUGCCAGAAUCCCGGAUAGUUGAUACCCCUAAUCCUAUCACUGUUUCACAGAGCGGAGAAACAGAGUCCAAUAGGUCAAAGUCCUAUGAAGCUACAAAACUGAAAACACACGAAGUGAAACAAAAACUUAGAGCUCGCCCACCAGAUAAGGAGCUUAAGCUAUCAACAUGUAAGCAUGAUGUGCCCAUAACUUCGUUUCAGAAGUUGACAUUGGAAUCUGAAGUAUGGACGAACUUGAAAUCCCAACCGAAGUGUUUAAAAGAAAAUGCGCCUGUCUUAGUCCAGCAAGUACAACAGGUGGUGAAACCAACGAAGGAAAAGCCAUUGCCAUUUGCCGGGAAGCAGCUGCCACGCGAGAGGGCUCAAAGGAAUAAUCCCCUUACAAGAUCACAAACUAAAUAGGUCAGGGAAGUCAGUAUAUCAACUCAACCAGGUUGGUUUGUUUGGUACUUAUAUGGAAUUCUUACUAUAUAUAUUGAUACCUUCUCCUUGCUGAUGGAGCAUAUAUAUAUAUAUAUAUAUAUAUAUGUAUAUAAAUAUGUUCUUUGCAUUGAUUAUAAAGACGGAGAGUACUUUGUAUGAGUGAAAAGUCAUUGCCAGGAACACAAUAGUUUAAAGGAAAGUAUAAAAACCGUCAUUGUGGUUUGAGUUUGAGACACUAUAGUUUUUCGAGGAACAACCAACGCCCCGUGCUUUGCUUCGCGAGACUUAAUGGACCUAAUUGUUAGUUUUUUCAUCACUUUUUGUCCUCAAUUUUUUCUCAUUGCCAUUAUUACCCUCAAGUUUUCAAUUUUUUUUCAAUUUGGUUCUAAAAUUCGAAAAAAAAGGGGAAGGGGCUAGGACUGUUGGUCGGCGACACUGACCUUACCAUUGAGGUCGCCUGCAUCCACAGAGAAUGCCUCCAACCAUAGAGGUGGGGUUGGGAUCGCGGUUUGGCGAUCCUCGCUCCCGAAUCGAUCAGGAUCUCAAACUUAAGAUCCCGAUCGAUUCAGGGGCGGGAUUGUCAAUCCGCAACCUCGACCCCACCUCGAGGUUUCUGGCAUCAUCAGUGGUGUUGGGGUCGUCGACUGGGCCCCCUCCCCUUUUUUUCAAAUUUAGGAUUAAAUUGCAAAAAGUUGAAAGUUUGAUGAUACUGGUGUAAAAAUAAAAGUUUGAGGACCAAAAGUGAUGUAAAAAUUAAACGGGGAGGUCCAUUAUGUAUCACAAAACAAACUACAGGGUAUUGAUUGUUUCUCGAAAAACCACAUAGUAUAAUUUGUCUCAAACUCAAAUCAUAAUUGAGAUUUUUGUCCUUUUCCCUAGUUUAAAUGUUGUGGAGCUCCUAUGUAAAGAUCAAAUCUCAAAGGUAAAUAAGAUACGAGGUGCAGGUGCCACAGCCCAGGCAUUUUUAUCAAAUUUAAGAGGGCAACAGACCGGAGUCUUCAGCUUUUUUAAGUUUAAGGUAUAUGCUUUGCAUUGUUAAAAAAAAUAUAUCUUUAAGCCCUUUGUAUUGAAGCUUAAUUUAGUUUGGGAGGAUAAUAAAAAUGGAGGGCCGCCGUUUGACGUUCAGUUUCAGCCGUGAAGGGGAAGGGAAUGGGAGCACCCAAUUAAGGCCUAGAGGCCAAAAAUGAGCCCAGUCCAGGCCCACUUUAUAACGUUUAGAUGGAUGGAGGGACCAAGGCAAAGACAGACCAGGGGGGAAAGAAAAAAAAAAAAAA